AUGCCCAGAGUCUCAGCUAGAAGUAAUAAAGGAAUGCAUCGAGGACGCGAUGAUGAGUACCAUUAUGACGGCGACGUCACCAAGAACACACAAACUGCAUCAAGUGGAAAAGAUACAGAAACUACCACCAAUAGCAAAUCCCGAGACGACCCUGAAUAUGUUGAUAAUGGUCAAGCAGAUGUUGAUGAUGACGCCGAUCAUGAGGAGAUCAACUGUGGCCCUUGUGGAACGACGACGGAAAAUUUUAAUGAAGAUACUGAUCCAUAUGGUGAUAUGGUUCAAUGUGAUAAAUGCAACACUUGGCAACAUAUAAAAUGUAUGGGGUUGAAAAAGAGGACAAUACCUGAUGAUUACAUAUGUGAUGAAUGUUCAGGAAAUCCAAGACCAAAAACCAAGAAGAGAAAUCUGUCAAUGUCUGUUGCAAAAGAAGAACCUAAUGCCAAAAGAAGAAAGAGUUCAACUGCCCAAAGCCCCAAUGGAGGCAAUUCUAAACAGCAAUCUCCAAUCGCCACUGACGGACCGUCUAGAAUAAUUAAAGCGUUGAACGACCCAACACGAAUUAGUAUCGCCAAAGCCUUUUACAAUUUCUUUAAAAAGGCGUACCCUGUCAAAGAAGGAGAAACAACCAGUGAAGAAACUAAGGAUGGUAAAGCCACAUCAUUGGCUUUGGAAGUUGAGGAGAUUAUUGAUCGUGAGUUUCCAGUGAAAUCAGCCAAGGUAAAAUACACAGAUGAAAGUCGAAGAGUUUUAUUUGUAUUGAAGAAGCAUUUCACAAAUGAUAUAUUUGCUGGUAAGAUAACUUUAGAUGAUGUUGUGAAAAAGACUCCACAAGAGAUUAAUGAAGAUAUAGCUAGAAUUGAACAACAAAACAAAAAAAAUAUCAAAAAUAUAGUUUUGGUUGAAAUUGAACAAGACCAAAUUGUUAGAAGAACCCAUAAAGGCGAAAUCAUAAAAGAAAAUGAAAAUGAAACUGUUGAUCAAAUUGAUGAAAGUAUAGCAACUCGGAAAGUUGAUCAUCGUCGUUUUUCACAUCAUGAUACCACCACUCCAAUGAACAUUAUUCCUCCUCCUAUUGAACAAACUGCUUAUAAUAAUGCAAAUCCUCGAUUAGGUGGGGGUGAUUUCUCAAGCGAUAACGAACAUAGUGAUAUUGAAAAUGCUGCUAGUGAUUAUGGCAGCGUUUUUGGCAGCGAUGUAGGAGAAGGUGAUGAUGAAGAUAGUAAUGGUAAAGGAAAAUCAACUGGUAAUGAGGAUUCAAAUGUUGAAACUAAAUCUACUAGCUCUUUAAGUGAUGCUCAAGCUAGCGAAACUCCUGAUGAAGAAAAAUUAGGUCCAAUUUUGGGUGAGGAGUCCAAGAAGGAGCCUCAAAAUACAGAUAGUAGGGAUUCAACAGAUGCCACCCCAACAAAGCAGCAGGUUUGGAGUGGAUCAAUUACAUUCCCCGACUUUGCUCAAUUCAAUGCCGAUGCAAAGUUUUACUCGUCCACCGAUGUCAAAUCAAAUUUUGAAAAUGCUUUACAAACAGCUAAAUCUAUUUUCACAGAAUCUAAAUAUAUAAUCCAAGGUAAAUUAGGCCGUGACAGAUGCGAUUCCUAUUUGAACGCCAUUGUAUCAACUAGAAAUUUAUAUAUUGUUCAAAUUUCACCUAGUGAUGACACAACCGACAAAGACAAAAACCAACGGCACUUUGACAAAUUGUAUCAUUUUUUAAUCAAAGAGAACCGAGUCGGUGUAUUGAGUGGCAAACCUUCUUUUGUCAAGGAUUCAUAUUUGAUGCCCAUAGAUUUCAGAGAUCCUAAUUUGGCUUCAGUUUUGAAAAAUCAUAAACAAAAACAACAUAGAGUUGAAAUUGGAUUGUUUGCUGUGUUUGUUGUUCAAAAAAGUUAUACUCCCAAUGGAUCUGGUGGAAGUGGUGCUAGUAGUACUCGCAGUAAUGGAAAUGGCGGUGAUGUGCAUAGACCUAGUUAUGCUCGUGGCGGACCUAGUUAUUCUGAUGUUGGUAGUGGCAAUAGUAGUACCCUGGUGCCACAGGUGCCACAUGAUGAUGGAAAUGACUUGAAUUCGAUUUUGAAUCAAUUGCAAUAA